CUCGUAUCGAAAGAAGACUGCAUCAGGACUAUUCGUCUUUGACAGGGAGACGAAAGCCGGGUCUCUCGCUUUUCGUUCCUCUCGAGAGCGAGCCUGCCUCGUCCUUUUCAAGACGACACUUUGGAUAUUGUGAUUCGAGCGCCUACUUUUCUCCGCGGAGAAUUCGCGCGUGAUCUUUUGUGCGGGGUGCUGUUGGAUUUUUUUUUUUUUUUUUUCAAAUCAGUGAGUACAGUUGGAUCCGAAUAUCACGAUGGAUCACUUCAUGUUCAAACUGGACAUUGACGACCUCUUCAGGUCACCGGCUAUUUCGUCGAUAGAAAGCGCGUCGACCGACAACAGCGGCGACUGGAGCGACAACCUGGGAGACUUUUUCAACAACGUCGGCCCGGAAGAGAUCAACAAAAUGCUGAGCGAGGAGAUCGACGAUUGUCUCUUCGACUCGCUGUCACCCCAGGGCUGUAUGCUCGAGAACAACGUCGAACAGGAUCUCCAGUUGGAACACCUACUCUUCCAGAACGAGCAGGCCAUCAUGGGCACGGCCAACAACAACUCGUCGCCGUCGUCGUCCCCGUCCUCGUCCACGUCGUCGUUGUCGUCGCCGUCCUCGUCGCCGUGCUACCUGGAUCCCAUGACGAUGAUGCCGGUGAGUGAGCUCAUGCGCGUCCCCAUGGGCAUGCUCGAAACCCCCUCGUCGUCCUCGCCCGUCUCCCCCGUGCCCUCGUCCGCGUCGUUGCUGGUCAACAAUUCUCUGCACGAGAGCUCCCCGGUGCUGGCCAAUCCCAUGAUGACGUCGGUGGCCCGGCCCAGCUUGGGCAGCUUCACUACGACGGCAGCUGGCUGCGGCGGUGGCGCCAGAGCCAACGAGGCACGGCCGCUCACGCCGCUGAGCAUGCAAUCGUUCGAGGCCUCGGAGAACAGCGCCUGCGAGGAUGAGGACUUCAAGUUACAACAGCAACAGCAGCAGCAGCAACAAUAUCACUACCACCCCACGAGUAGUAGUCACAGUCAGCUCGCAAACCAGCAGCUGGUGAGCCGAGUGUUGCACGACGACAAGAUACUGCCCACGAACGGUUGGCAAAAUACGAUGAACGACCAUUGCUACACUCUGAGCCCGUUGCCCGCGGUGCGGCGAUUGGGAACGAUGACGAAUACGACGACGACGACGACGACAAACACCGCGGCCCAGCUCUCGCCCAAGAGCCUCGAACGCCUCGGUGCCCCGCCCACGCCCUCCGACACAGACGAGGAAAUCGACGUCGUCUCGUGCGAGAAAAAGGGCACCCUGCCCAACCAACCGACCGAUGACGAGCAAGUGCUGUACCAGCACAACUUCACGCAGACCUUCGCUCACCAAACAACAGCCAUGACGACGACGACGACGGCGGCGGCAAACCAAACGCGCCAGGGCAGGAGAAAAAGAGCAGCGACGACGCCGGCCCAACCACCCCAGCAAGUCCAGCGUGCCCCGCGCGCCCGAGGCCGCCCACCCACGAACGGCGGCCGCGGCAGACGUGCCCCCGCCAACAAUGCCCGCGCCGCGGCUGUUGCUGCCGCCAUGUACGCCCAGGAGCUACAAGCGAGCACCAGCAACGUGAACUACUACCAGGGAGUCGUGGCCGGCCGAGGGGCAGUCGCGAACAGGGGCGGCAAGCGCAACACCAAGCGGCUGCAGAACGACGCCAUCAGCAACGAAAAGCGCAACCAGCACAACACGAUGGAGCGCAAGCGGCGCAUACACCUGCGCGGAAUGUUCGAGGAGCUGCGGAGAAUCGUGCCCGAGCUCUCGCACCAAAAGUUCGCCGCCAAGAUCAAGAUCUUGAGCAGCUCGGCCAAGUACUGCUAUCAGUUGCAGUGCGCCGAGAGGAACUACGUGAAGCACCGAGCCGAGCUUGGGCUCUACCAGCUGAACCUCAACAGCCGGCUGGAGAAAUUAAGGCACGAGGUCAUCAAGGUCGCCGAGCUGGAGGAGCUGAGGGAGUCGCAAGCGAGGCGGCGUAUGCUGCAGUUGCAGCAUCAGCAGAUGCUUAAGCAGAGGAUGAUGUGAGGGG